CCGCGCGGUGUCCCGGAUGGUGCUCGCACCGGAAGAGAAGGGGCAGCUCUCCCAGCCAUCUUGUGGCAGCAUCCCGCUAGUUGUUUGCAUCAAGCCUCGUAGAAUCGGAGGUGAAUCCCGCUGAAGGGGCGCCAUCAUGCCCGGACACCUGCAAGAAGGCUUCGGCUGCGUCGUGACCAACCGGUUCGACCAGCUAUUGGACGAUGAGACCGACCCGUACGAGAUCCUGAAGGCGGCAGAAAACAAGAAGAAGGAGGCGGCCGCUGCUGGAUCAACCAAAACCGCGGCUCAAGCCGCAAAGCAGCCGAAAAAGGAGUCUCAGAAAGACAGGAAAACCCCGCUGCAGGACAAAAAAGAUGAGUCCCAGCCCCCUGUUCCACUGAAGAAAGAAGGUAUCAGACGGGUCGGCAGAAGACAGGAUCAGCAGGGCCAGCCUGGUCCUCAGCACCAGGGUGGACAAGGUGAGGGGCGGCCUGCCGACAAGAGGCCUGACCGGAGACCUCCUCGAGAGCGGCGCUUUGAGAAACCCUCUGAGGAGAAGACCGAAGGGGGUGGAGAGUUCUCCACAGACAAGCCUUCUGGAGACAGGCCCCCCAGAGGGCGUGGUGGCGGCAGGGGUGGACGUGGUGGUCGAGGACGGGGAAUGGGUCGUGGAGACGGAUUUGAUUCACGUGGGAAGCGAGAUUUUGACAGACACAGUGGCACUGACAAAUCCAACCAGAAGAGUGAUGAAAAGCGUGGUGGCAGUGGUUCAAAUAACUGGGGCUCUGUAAAAGACGAGAUCAGUGAGGCUGAGCCAACUCCUGCUCCUGAGACUGCUCCUGAGGGAGAGGAGAGUGCUCCUGCUGGCUCUGAAAACAAAGAAAAUGAGGUUGAAGAAGUAAAGAAUGAAGGUCCCAAAGAGAUGACUCUGGACGAGUGGAAGGCCAUGCAGGAUAAAGAGCGCACCAAAGUCGAGUUCAACAUCCGCAAACCCAACGAAGGAGCUGACAGCCAGUGGAAGAAAGGAUACGUGCUACAUAAGUCCAAGAGUGAAGAUAGACCAGUUGGAGCUUUGAUUGACCCUCCAGAGGCUGAAGUAGAGGCUAACACUCUUUACCACAAGGGCACUCCUGAUGAAUCAAGUGAUCAUCAUUUCCGCAAACCAGCCAACGAUAUCACAUCCCAGCUUGAAAUAAACUUUGGAGACCUGGGCCGUCCUGGGCGCGGGCGUGGGGGAGCUCGUGGAGGGAGGGGCGGCCGUGGUGGGGGAGGCAGCAGAACAGCACGAGGGGGAGGACGCUCUGAAAAGGCCGGCGGAGUGUCAGUCCCUAACGUGGAUGACCCUGAAGCCUUCCCAGCUCUGGCCUAGGCCUGUCCACACCACCUGCCCACCCAUCCGCCCCUCCGGGCCCCCUCUCUCUACGAGGCUUGCAUGCUUACCACAUCCUCAAGUAUAAAAGAAAACAAUGAAAAAAAUACUGUAUAGUCAUCCCACAUCCCCACACCACCAGAGGACUCAGACUUUACGUUAAGGAGAACAAAGACGAGCAGAUGGAAAAUGGACCUCUUGUUACACUGAAGUUUUGUACCUAGGAACAUGAAAGCAGGGAUGUUUUCAUUUUUAUUUUAUUUGGCCCACAAAUUAUGCAUUCUUAACUGAUGUUUUGUGCUACUUGAUUUUCUUCAAAUUGGUUAAGUGCAGCUUUUUCCAUACAGCUUUUGUGCUCUUCAUUGUUUUAGCCUAGUAUUGCAUUUAUACUGGAGUUUUCCCCCAGUAAUAACACUGAUGUUGUAGCACUACACUACAUAGAGGUCUUUUAGUAGUUACUGAAAUAUGGCUAAACUUGCUUUUUAAAGUGUAAUUAAGCUUAUCCUAAACUUGGCUGCCCAUUUUGUGGGGUUGGAAUUGAAAAUGGGUAUUCAGGUGAAGUUGUAUUUUUUCUGCUUGUUGUGCAGUGAGAAGUACAUGCCUCUUUCCUUUUUUAAUAGCUUGCCUUUUUGGUGGACCAGUGGUUCGUUUUGUAUCCCUGAUGUGCUGCCUGUGUUUUCAGGGUGUUCCAGGGCCCAAUGUAUAUUUUAGACUGGUCUUCUUAGGUCAUACAGACUGUAAAACUUAGGACCACUAAGCAAUUAUUGUAUUUUUUGUUUGAAAUGGUGUGAAUGUGUGUGCGCGUGCACGUAUGUGUGACCCUGAAUGUGUGAAAUGGACAGCGUGUUGCCGAUAGUUUUGAAUAAUCUUGGUUUAUUUUUUUUGGCACAUUUUACACCUGAAAAGUUAAACCUAUACUGUUUCAUUUUAGUUGUGAUUGACUAUUGUAUACUGAUACAUAUCUUGGAGUAUCUGUAAAAAAAAAAAAAAAAAAAAAAAAAAAAAAAAAAAACAGAUCUCAAAGAACGUGUCCAGAUUGUUGGUUCAUGCUCACUGUCUAAUGAUUUUGGUCCAAACUGCAGCACAAAUGCAUUAUUUGUCUGAAUUGUCAUUGCUGUCAUUGUGGAAAAAUCCACAGCUACAGAAUGUAAUGUAAGCUAGUGGUGCUUCGGCCACCUGUGUCAGCACUUCUAGCGAGCAUCUUAUUUCAAUGAAGUGGGUAUAUAUUUCACAUGGGACUGGGAGUGUUGGCGGAAUAUAUGUAAAAAGUGACUUAAUUUAAAUUAUGUUGUGUUUUGUAAAGACUUGCUGGCAGUGCCCUGAUACAGAUGACUGGAGCAGUUUUAUGUAGGACUGUCUGGCCACAAACAUCCCUCUUCUAAUAAAACGCUUUAGAGGUGUUAAAUCCACUCUGCCAAUCAUGGUUAUUUCAAAUCAAAUCGUUUUCAUGUCUUCACAAGAUUCAUAUGGAAAACGGGGUACAUUGAGCCAUUUGUCAUUGCAUCUGCAGUCUUCGUGUUGAGACGAUGUAAAAUAGAAAUAAAAUAAAACCCUUUACAUACA